AUGACAGAGUUCGCUAUGAAUAACGCGGCUCAUGCGUCGACCGUGUUGACACCCUUCUUCUUCAUCAACACCCGUCACCCACGUUUUACUUUACUUCUCGGUCCAAAUGAUAUCUCUACUAUUGGUGGUGGGACACCAGACGAGCUGUCAUUGACUGACAGUGCACCAACGCUGAAGUCGCCACCUUGUGACCGUGGCGAUAAAACAGACGGGCUGGACUUUACUGGCGAUACAGUAGCGACCACGUCACCAUGUGACCAUGGUGACCCUAGGACUGUGUUCAUAACAGAGAACCCCUGGAAGUCGGCUACACGACUCGGUGGGUUACCGAGUCCGUUAACAAUCCCAAGCGCCGGUCGGGUCAUUUAG